AUGAAUAUCCUUCAAUCUAAGAAACACCAAUCUCUUUUAGAAUUAUUAUUAAAAUUUAAUACAAAGAAAAAGAGAAUUAAAGUUAAUUAUUCUUUAGAAGAAAUAAUAGAAAUUUGUCAAAAAACAACAAACAUUUUUUUAAAAGAACCAAAUAUUCUUAAAUUAAAAAGUCCAAUUAUAGUUGUAGGAGACAUUCAUGGAAAUUUUAAUGAUUUAAUAAAAAUAUUUGAGAGUUAUGGAUAUCCACCAACAGUUAAAUAUUUAUUUCUUGGAGAUUAUAUUGAUCGAGGAAAGAAUAGUGUUGAAGUUAUUGUGUUAUUGUUUAUUCUUAAAAUCAACUAUCCAAAUUCUAUUUAUUUACUUCGUGGAAAUCAUGAAGAUGAACAAGUUUGUAUUUGUUAUGGAUUUUUUGAUGAAUGUAAAAAAUUUACAACAAAACAAAAACUUGUUUUUAAUACGUUUACUAAAACAUUUGAUUGUCUUCCAAUAGCAGCAAUUAUUGAAGAAAAAGCUUUUUGCAUUCAUGGUGGAAUUUCUCCUCAAUUAAAUUCACUUGAUACAAUUAUUAAUUUACAAAGACCAAUGAAAAUACAACCAAAUAGUCUUAUUAAUGAUUUGUUAUGGUCAGACCCAUUUAUUACUGAAUGUAAUGGAUGGGAAACAAACCCAAGGGGAAGAGGAUAUUUAUAUGGUAAAGAUAAAGUAGAAGAAUUUCUAAGUAAAUAUAAUUAUGAUAUUAUUAUAAGAGGACAUCAAAUAUUUGAAAAUGGAUAUAAAUAUUUAUUUAAUAACCAUUUAUUAUCUUUAUUUUCUUGUUCAAAUCCAUUUAGUACCUCAAAUAAUUCAUUUGCAAUUCUUUUAUUUGAUUCUAAACUAAACAAGAAUAUUAAAACCUUUAAAAUUGAAUAA